CAGCCCCAGGCCAGGGUCAGGGCUCAUGGUAAUGAGGGGCGGGCCGGGAAGGUGGCAGGCGCCCCUGUGGCCCGGACGUCCAGAGGCCGAGCAGAGCAGCCAUGGGCGAGCACAAGUGGCUGGGGCCCGUGGAGGAGGCUGAGUGGCCGGGGGGCCCUAAGCGGGUCUGCACGCGGCCCCGGAUGCUGGCGGCUGUGGCGGUGGCGGCGGUGCUCUUCUUGCUGGCGGUGGUGGUGAUCGUCGUCCUGGCGGUCCAGGUCGGCAGGGGGCACCCGGGGGUCCAGGAGCAGUGCGGGAACAAGACGUGGCUGGUACAGCAGCAUCUCACCAGGCUCCAGGACACGCUGGCGGACACCAAGGGGCUCCUGGCCGCCAGCAACAGGACUGCGGAGAGCCUGAAGGAAAGUCUGCAGAAGAAGGAGGAGGAGCUGGAGCAGGAGAAGGCCCGUGGCCAGGAGCGGGAGGGUGAGAUGCAGAAUCUGAGGCAGCAGCUUCAAGCCAGCCAGGAGGAGCUGCAGCAGCUACGAAACAAGUUGGCCUCCUCGGCAGGUGAGCGGGCCUCCUACUGCACCUGGCUGGUCUCGCUCGCAGGGAUCCUGAUGAUUCUGACGGCCGCCUGACCUGGAGUCCCCAGUUGUCAGAGGUCACACCUGGAUUACACGGUUCUCUGUGUGGCUGGCUGGUCUGCGCAGCGUCUGGGGCACCGAAUGGCCUGGGUGUGGGAGGUGGAGGGGGCACCUGCUAUUUGCUGUCACGGUUGAAUAAAAUUUGAAAUUUUUUAAAAGA